AAACAUAUUGAAAGCGAUAGCUUCUGUAGCUCGACCCGUCGGCAUCAGCAUGUACCAAACCACCAUGCAAGCUCGAUUCAUGUCCAACAAGCUCAAGUCACAUUCCGGCGCCAAGAAGCGCUUCUUUCCAGUAGGUAACGGCCAGUUCAAGCGUUGGCAGGUUGGAAAGCGUCACAUCAACGUCGGUUUCACGCCAGAGCGCUCCAACCGACUCAAGGGCUCACUCGUUGUCCAAAACAAAUCCGACAAUCGAAUGCUUCGAAAGGCCUUGCCCUAUGCUCACUAAAUACAGUUACAACUGCCAUAGAUUUUUGUAAAAAUUACACAACAAAAAGAGAUUUCUCAAUCAACAAUAUACAAAGACUUAAAGACUCAACUCAACAGCACAGUGCAAUUUUUUUGGUUUAUCGCCGUGUUGUUUGAUGUCAAC